GGAACAUGGCCGACAAGAGAUAUAAGGGGGCACAAGGCCUCGUCAAAUUGCACUUCUUUUCAUCAGAACAACAACAAUCAAACACAAGAACACAACAGCAAUCGACUACAAAUCGAAUACUUCUUCCACUACUACUUCUAUCAAAACAUACCUGCCUCUACUUUUCUAAACACUCUACCUCAACACACGACCAAAAUGUCUCUCUUCAGAACCAUGCCCACCGCUGGUGACUUCUCCCCUCUCUUCCGUCUCUUGGACGACUACGACACCCACCGCCAGAGCCGUGGUCAGGUUUCUAGCGUGCGCUCCUUCGCACCUCGCUUCGACGUCCGCGAGACUGACGAUGCCUACCACUUUGAUGGUGAACUCCCUGGCAUUGCUCAGAAGGACAUCGACAUUGAAUUCUCUGACCCACAGACCCUCGUGAUCAAGGGUCGCACUGAGCGCGAAUACCACACUCCCGAGGCUGGCGAAACCAAGGAGGGUGAGAGCAAGGAAGUGACCAAGAGGGAGAACGGGAACAAGCCUCGCUACUGGGUUAGCGAGCGCUCCGUUGGCGAAUUCCACCGCACCUUCACCUUCCCGUCUCGCGUCGACCAGGAAAACGUCAAGGCCAGCCUUAAGAACGGCAUCCUCUCCUUGGUCGUGCCCAAGGCUGCUGCUUACACCGGCAAGAAGAUCACCAUCGAGUAAACGAGCUGCGGGAUGAGACGAGUUACGACCUUGCAUGGGAGUUAAGCAAUCAGUUCGAACGGCGUCAACAGUGAUAUUUUCUUUAUCGACUUUCGACUCUAAUCGACAAAAGAAAAAAAAAAAAAAAUCUUUUGCUACCUCAGUCGUUGAAGUUGAAGAAGUUGAUUCGUUUUCAUUCCUUACUCUGGAGCGCGAUUGCGGUGGAUGAUGGAUGUGCUGGCAUUUCUUAAUUCUGCCUCUUUGUAUUUAUCAGUUCCAUGCCUUAAUUAAUGAUUCACCUGAA